UGCACCUAUAACGGUGGGCUGAGACUGCAGCGCGGGUGAGGAGGUUAUCACAGGGGGGGAAGGUCUACCAUGGUGACUGUGCAGAUUUAAUCAGAUCCAGUGAUCUACACCGACCGGUCAAGUAAUUCUCAGUAGUGAAACUCACUGCCAGACGUGUUCACCUGAAGACGCCGGCGACAAAAUGGCCGCUGACAAGUCCCCUAUGCUUUAUAACUACCUGGGAAGCUCCGGUCUGAAAGUUUCAAACAUCUGUUUGGGGUGUAUGACUUUCGGAACUAACCCUAACAGAGAGUCUGCGCCAAGUCAGCUAACAGAGGAAGACUCUUAUGUGUUACUGGACAAGUUUGCAGAGCUGGGUGGUAACUUCCUGGAUACCGCUAACGUAUACUCCGGGGGACGUUCCGAAGAGAUAGUUGGCAACUGGCUAUCAAAGCAACAGAGAGAUAACUUCGUGUUGGCGACGAAAGUCCGGGGCAAUGUAGGCGAUGCGAAUGACCUCGGGUUGUCUCGGAAGCACAUCAUGCAACAAGACAAAAGCCUGAAGAAACUGAAAACUGACUACAUUGAUUUAUAUCAGAUUCACUUGUGGGACAAUGGAACCCCAAUAGAAGAAACUCUGCGGACGCUGGAUGAUUUAGUUCGCUGCGGGAAGAUUCGAUAUGUAGGUGCCAGUAAUGUGACAGGCUGGCAACUUCAAGCCAUCGUGGAACGCUCCCGACAGAUGGGAUUGAACAGGUGGAUUAGCCUGCAACAACAAUACAACUUAAUUUCCCGUGAGUCUGAAUUGGAGGUCUUUGACGUGUGUCCUGAAUGAAGGACUGGGAGUACUUCCGUGGAGCCCUCUGAAGGGG